CAGAAUACCUUUCAUUUUCUCCAGUUUCUCCCGCCUGCAGGGAGGUGGAGAAGGCCCCCGCGGUACCCGCCCCUUCUGAUCCAACCAGGUGCGCAGUCAUUCGCUUACUCAGGUAUUCAUCAGCCUGGUUAUGGUGAGAGCAGAGGGUCAUGGCGAGAUCUAAGGCCAGGGUGUACACGUGUUGCGCGCUGCUGUUGCUGCUGGUUGUUAUCUCUAUCAUUGUGAUCAUAGCAGUCACUGUGAGGCGCACAUGCCCAGAUGGCACUUUCUCCAAAGCUGCCGUGGCCGCAGACUCAAGGAAAUGCUCAGAGAUUGGAAGAGACAUGCUUCAACAAGGCGGCUCAGCGGUAGAUGGCGCCAUUGCUGCGCUUCUGUGCACCAGCGUCAUGAACCCACAGAGCGCGGGGAUCGGAGGGGGCUCCAUAUUCACAGUAAUGGACAGCUCUGGUAAUGUGAGGAUCAUCAACUCCAGGGAGACUGCACCAUCAAAGGUAGACCCUGAUCUGCUGAAGUCCUGCACAAAGACCUUUAAACUGAUUUCAGAUAGUAAAUGGAUUGGGGUUCCAGGGGAAAUUCGAGGCUAUGAAAAGGCACACAAACUUUACGGAAAACUGCCAUGGGCUGCUCUCUUCGAGCCAACCAUCAAGCUGGCCAGAGAGGGAUUCCCUAUUCCUCGAGUCCAAGGCUUAUUCAUCCCAUACAUUGACAAAAACCAGACACGGCCCUUGUGGGAAGUAUAUUCAGACAAAAAUGGAAAUCUUCUUAAGACGGGAGACAUUAUCAAAUUUGAGAAACUUGCCGACACUUUGGAGCUGAUUGCAAACAACGGGGCAGACGCUUUUUACACUGGAAAGAUAGCAGAGGACUUAGUCCGUGAUGUGCAGGAGGCAGGAGGAGACGUCACGCUGCAGGAUUUGGCAUCAUAUAAUGUUUCCGUGACUGAUCCAUGGGUUGUCCCUAUGGGAGAGUACCAGAUGUACAUACCCCCACCCCCCUCAGGAGGAGCACUUCUCACUCUUGUCCUCAACAUCAUGAAAGGCUAUCAGAUGAAUUCAGCUCCUCAGUCUGUUGAACAAAAGACCCAGUUUUAUCACCGCUAUGUUGAAGCUUUUAAAUUUGCCAACGGACUAAAGAAGCACAUUCGGGAUCCUCAUUUCAAAUCACAAAAAAUGACAAAGAACAUAGUAGAAAGUAGCUUUGCUAACCACAUUCGGACUCUGAUCAGCAGCAACAGGACACACAAUUCCCAGUAUUACAACCUCACACCAUAUAUGGACAGCUUGGGUACCACACACGUGUCUGUGCUGGGCGAAGAUGGAUCAGCCGUCGCCGUUACCAGCACCAUCAACCACAUAUUUGGUUCCAAAGUCUACUCUUCAAGCACUGGAAUCGUCCUAAACAAUGAGCUGUCGGACUUUUGUGGAAGGGUCGAUAACAUCUUUCCUGGGGAGCAGCCCCCCUCCUCCAUGGCCCCCGCUGUGCUGAAGUCUCAGUCAAAGAUGCUGGUGAUUGGAGCGAGUGGUGGGAGCAUGAUCACGACGGGGCUGGUCUCUACCCUCGUCAACCACCUUUGGUUUGGAAAGAACCUUAAAGAGGCAAUCAAGACUCCAGUUCUCUUUGUUGACUCCGAAAACGCAGUGAAGUUUGAACCCAAGUUUGACAAUGGUGUAAUUAAGGCUCUUGAAGCGUUGGGUCACAAUCAGAAACCUGCAGACAGAUUCUACAAUGUGGUUAACGCUGUGGAAAAAAAGGAGGGCCGCAUCUGGGCUGCGUCUGAUCACAGGAAACUGGGAGAGGCAGCUGGUUAUUGACACCACAAGUCAGUAAUGCUGAGUUGCAGAGGAUGUCCUAAAAAUGGUCAAGAUCUUCCUGCAGCAGAAGGUGUUUGUUGUUCUUGAACAUCACAGAACAAGACAGAAAAACAGGUUUAAUUUGCAAAGCCUUUGCAGUGACAUGUCUUCCUAUGACUGGAAUGAACUGACAAAGACUAUAACAUGCCGUUACCAUGGAAAAAACAAUACUGUUUUUGUCACUGGAAGAUUGUAUGUCUUUAUAGGAGCAAGUCUUGAAUAUUUUUACUCUUUUGUUUUUUAAAAAUAUUGAGAAUGCAGUGAUUAUCCACAUAGCAACUUCUCAAGUGUUUUUACAUGUAAAUAGUGUUCAUGAAUACAUGACAGGCCAAUUUUGUCGAAAUUCCUUAUUUUAAAAGUUAUCUGCAAUUUCUUCUUUUAGUUGUACUCUAUAUUUUAUUGAAUAUCUGUAUUUGCUGCAAUGAAAUAUUAACCAUUUGUAAUUAUUGUAUGAAAUAUUCUUUUUUGCAAGCUCUAUUUACAUGAAAUAGCCUGAAAAGAAGGUUUGAGGGCUAAAAACAGAAGAUUACACAAGAUUAACUGAAAUUCAUGUUUUUAUGAAAUAGAAAAACAAAGCCUGCAGAGGUUCUGCACUUCUGAGAUGUGUGUUGUCUUUCAUCUGAUCAUCUAAACUCAAGUUUUCAGCUAAUAGCUGUAGAGAAAUAAAUAGGUGAAUAAAUGUCUUAUCACCAAAGCUUACACAAGA